AUGUUCCUAACGUCUGUUUUGAGUUUUCUGGUCGUGAUAGGUGGAUUGCCCCUCGUUUGGACUUCUUGUCCUUCACAGUGUAGCUGUUUCUACCACAACUUGAGUGACGGAUCCAGGGCUAGGAGUGUUAUUUGCAAUGAUCCAGAAAUUUCAUUGGUGCCUGCCAGCUUUCCCGUCGACACAUCUAAGCUUAGGAUAGAGAAAACUGCCAUCAAAAGAAUACCAGGAGAAGCAUUCAACUACCUCUCAAAUUUGGAAUUCCUCUGGAUGUCUUUCAACGCAUUAUCUUUGGUCAAUCCGGACAGCUUCCGUGGUCUGUACAGCCUGGAAGAGCUGAGACUGGAUGGGAAUGCUUUAUCAGCGUUUCCAUGGGAAUCACUAAUGGACCUACCCAGCCUGAGACUCCUUGAUUUGCAUAACAACCAGAUAUCAUCAAUUCCUUCCGAGGCAACAUUAUAUUUUAAAAACCUGACCUACCUUGACCUCUCUAGCAACAAUCUACAGACUGUGCCAUCAGAAGUUCUUGCCACUUGGUUAUCAGUAAAACCUCUCCCAGGAGCAGAUUCCAAAAUGAUCUUAGGUCUUCAUGACAACCCAUGGGUUUGUGACUGCCGUCUGUACGAUCUGGUCCAGUUCCAGAAAUCCCCAUCUCUACUGGUGGCGUUUAUUGACACUCGGUUGCGAUGUGCUGACCCGGAGAGCGUCUCAGGUGUGCUGUUUAGCGACGCCGAGCUGAGAAAGUGCCAGGGUCCCAGAGUCCACACGGCCGUGGCUCGAGUCCGAAGCCCGGUCGGCAACAAUGUCCUGCUGCGCUGUGGCACCAUAGGCAUCCCCAUCCCAGAGCUGGCCUGGAGAAGAGCAGAUGGGAGGCCCAUGAAUGGGACAGUUGAGCAAGAGAAUUCAAAGGAGGGAAUUGUGUGGUCAAUUUUAAGUGUUCCUGCUGUUUCAUAUCGAGACUCUGGGAAAUACAUCUGCAAAGCAACAAACUACGCUGGGAGCGCAGAGGCCGUCAUUUCUCUGAUGAUCACAGAGUCCCCAAAGACAGACAACCAAACAGCGAGUCCAAAGAAACCAAAAGGGAAGAAGCCAAACGCUUUGGGGAAAGCAGCCUAUCAGGAAAAGCUUGUUGCAAGAUACGUGUCGCCAACCACCACUCCGGCAAUUCGACUUAUCGAGCCAACGCGUUACACAGGCCCCUACCCCGGUGAGAGCGCCACUGUCAGUCCCACUGACAGCGGGGCUAAUGUCCAGACCACUGGUCCAGACGGGUUGCUGGAAACCAACCUGAGCAAUCUUGCCGCGAACACGUCGUCCUUGCAGCAAGAUCCGACCAGAAUCGUGCGCUCUGUGAAGGUCAUCGGGGACACAGACUACACCGUCUGUCUGAACUGGAGAGCCCCAAAGGCCAAGAACACCACCGCAUUCAGCGUGCUGUACGCAGUCUUUGGGGAGAGGGACAUGCGCAGGAUCAACGUCAACCCGGGCAACAACAGAAUUACCAUCGAGGGCUUGGUGCCAAAGACAAAAUACAUUGCCUGUGUGUGCGUCAAGGGGCUGAUCCCCAAAAAAGAGCAGUGUGUAAUCUUCUCAACAGAUGUGGCGGCCAUCGCUAAUGGAACCCAAAAGCUCAUUAAUGUAGUUGUAAUCACGGUCGCUUGUGUGAUAGCGGUCCCGCUAACGGUGAUCGUUUGCUGUGGAGCACUUAAGAGGAAAAUCCAAAAAUUACUGGGAAAAAACACAAAGGACAUCCAAGACUCUUAUGUCACAUUUGAGACUCUUUCCCCCGGUACAAAAGCCAAAGGCCUGGAGGGGGAAUACCUGACCAGGCUAAAUCCAGAGGAAUCAAACAGACUUCUGUCAGCCAGAUCCAGCCUGGAUUCUGAAUUGACUGCUAAAAUAGAGGGUCAGCCAAACGAGUAUUUUUGCUGA